CCGCGUCGCGUCUGAAAGAGUACGUUGCGCUCGCUCCAAACACACGCCCCGCACGAAAGAAAGGCUGCCCGCGCGCGCCUCUCGAAAUAGAAUACGCGGGCAGGAGGAGAGUAUAGGCGGCAACAACAAAACGCUGCCCUUCGAGCAACUUGGAGUUCGGCACCCCAACAAGUCACGAGACGAACCGUCGAAGGAAGCCACCCCUGCAAGACGUCUACUUUUCUUCACUGCUGUGUCUCUGGGUACGCCGUUGUAACAGCCGCAGCAGCAGCUGUAGCAGCAGCAGGAACCUUCAUCGAUUCUCUGGUUGGAGCCACCCUGGGUGCACCGCCGUCGGAGGAGGAGAACGAGGCCGGGCCGAGCUCUCGGAGUUCCUACGCGGCGGCGAGACCCAAGCAAAGGCUCCACCAUUUCCAAGUGCGAGAUGGAGGCCACGUCCCAAUCGCUGUCCCAUUGUGGAGCCCGACGACACAGCGAGAGUCUUGUGCUGGCUGCAGGACAAAGGCAUCAUUCCGGGUGGCACACCGGCGAACCGGCGAUAGUUAAACCUAUGCUAUCUUAGAGAUUAGUACCGAUGUUUUCUUCGCCGGUAGUUUCAUUUCGUGGCGCAGACGUCACCGCUUCGUCGUACACAUCGCCGGGCUGAAACGAUGACGUAAGCGGGUUCGGUGCCUACUGUAUAACUUGUGCCCUUCGAGAGGACUGCUGCCGGGAGAAACAAUGGCGAUGGCUGGCUCCAACAGGCCCGAGCUCCGUCUCGCGUACCGCAUCUUCGUCACUGUCAACAUACUGCUCGCUGUGUACAACAUGAUAUGCUUCCAGAUGCCCCGAACGGACGUGAAGCCGUGUGUGCUAGUCGUCGCCAAUCACUCGCUGCAGGACGCCGCUGAAUUCGUCGCGAAGGCUUCACCACCGAUGCCACCACCACAGUCACAACCGGUCAAAGCUGCGCCGGCGAACGUCGUCGACAAACCUCAGUUCCAGAACAGACAACCGCUCCAGUCAAAGGUAGCCACAACCCGCGCGCCGGACGCAGCGCGUCUCGGUCGAAUCAUCAGUGGCGGCGCAUUUGGCAACGGGAUCAACUCCACGCCAAAAAAGGAAUCGGCGGUGUCGUCCAAGUACGUCGUUCAGGAGGACUUCAUACCCUCGGACCUUUCUGUGCCGUUCAACGACAGCGUCACCCUCACGACGCAGGCAACGCACGAGUUCCUACAGCACGUCCCAGUACUGUGCUCCCGAUGGCAAGGCCCCAUCUCCGUGGCCGUCUUCGCGCCGGGCACCGACUACGCAGUCGCGCUGGACAAGAUCGCCUUCCUGCGCCACUGCGACGACCCGUGCGUGAGCGCGAACGUGACGUGGCACAUGGUGUACGACCGAGACCACGCGCCGCCGGCGGCAGUCGUGGUCAACUCGUCUUCUUCCGCGGACUUCCUCCAGUCCUGGAACGGCUCGUGCGCCUCGGACGCGAUGGAGCGGGAGUACGCGCAGUUCCGCAAGGCGCACAAGAUGACCUACCCGAUCAACGUGCUCCGAAAUGUCGCGCGGCGCCGGGCGCGCACGCGCUACAUCCUCGCCUCGGACAUCGAGCUGUACCCGAGCGCCAACGUGAUUCCGCGUUUCAUGAACUUGGUCGCCGAGCGCUGGCGUCGCAACGCCACCGAGGCGAUGGCGCCGCAGGUGUUCGUGCUGCCCAUCUUCGAGGUGCAGGCCAAGCAGCGGCCUCCGCUGACCAAGCGAGUCCUGGUCGAUAUGCUGCGCAACAAGUCCGCCAUCUUCUUCCACAAGUGGGUCUGCGACCAGUGCCAGAAGUUCCCCAAGCGCGAGGAGUGGGUCGAGUACGUGCCGGCCGAGGACGACGUCCUGGGCAUCCUCACCACGACCAAGCGCGACCGCACCAAGCGGUCCUGGGAACCCAUUUACAUCGGCACCAACGACGACCCUUUCUACGCCGAAGAGCUGACGUGGGAGGGCAAGCGGGACAAGAUGUCGCAGAGCUACGAGUUGUGCUUGCGCGGCUACGACUUCCACAUCCUGGACAACGCUUUCCUGGUGCAUGCACCCGGCAUCAAGACCAUCAUCGCAAGCGAGGAGCGACGCAGGGUGCCCUUCGUGAAAGUGAACAAUGCGCACCACGCGCGAAUCAUGAACAGCCUCAAGUCUCGCUACCCGGCGCUUGCCAAGGACUGUUAGCAAACCCCUUUUCAGUGCGUGUGUGAUUGUGUGUGCUUGCGUGCCUGCGAGUGCUUGGAAAAAAACUCGUGUAAUAUAUACAAAAUCUGUGUUAUAUAAAGUACCUCCGCCCGUGUUUUA